AUGGGGCAGGUCCUGGGAUUCGCCCAUUGCAGUAGGUAUCUUGUGGGGCAGGGAGAGAGGGCGGGAGGGCGGGCAAGGCUCCUUAUUUCUCUCCCCCCCUCCUCCAACCCCCCCCAAAAAACCCCAACCGCCCAUUUUGGACGCCUCUUCUCUAGUCAUCGAUUUUUCAAAGCAUCGCCCAUUUCCUCACAGUCAGGUGUGGGAAGAAAAAACAACAAUAUCAAUUCAAUAGCGUUAAAAAAAUUAUAUUUGGGGGGGGUUGAUUUCCAUGUGGGGGACAGGGGAGUACCACUCCCUAGUGGGGGAUGGGAAGGGUUUGCCAGUGCUCCCACCCCAAAAACCCCACUUUUGUUGCCCUCCCAAUUCAUCUCCUGGACCUGGUGUUCAGCUGGUCCUGAGAGCCAUGCUCAUUUGUGAAAUAUUUAUUUAUAGACAUGUUUACCCACCGUUUGUGACUCCUGCUCCCCACCCCUGUGUCAUGCACACACACAGAGACCUCACAGUUUUCACGUGUGAAUGUGUGGAGGGGCGGUUAAUUGUGUUUGCGUUUGUGAAAGCAGAUGUGGAAAGAGGCCGGUUCAAACGGCACUCUGCACGUGCUCUUGGCUGCUGUUUGGUGCGUCCCAAGGUUGAACCCCCUGCAGCUUCUGGGAGAUAAACCCACACUACCCCACCCCACCCAAAGAUGUAACUGUAGGGCUUUCCCAGAGAUUAAAAGUGAGGGGGGGACAGCAGUCGCGAGAGAUUCCCUUUGAUUAAAAAAGGGUGCAUAGAAGGAACUGUUUGGUGCAAGGCUACGGGAAUAGAGGUCAUUUGUUGUGUUUUUCUGGAAGAAUAAAGGAGAGGGCUGUGGGGAGGAAUCUCUGGGCAAGACUGUGGUGCCGGAUAAGUUUAAUAAGGAGUAAGGCCCAUGGAGACUUACUUUCGUGUAGGUGUGCAGAGACAUCACCUUGCCAACAAAGGUCCAUAUAGUUAAAGCUCUGGUUUUCCCAGUAGUGAUGUAUGGAAGUGAGAGCUGGACCAUAAAGAAGGCUGAUCGCCGAAGAAUGGAUGCUUUUGAAUUAUGGUGCUGGAGGAGACUCUGGAGAGUCCCAUGGACUGCAGGAAGAUCAAACCUCUCCAUUCUGAAGGAAAUCAGCCCUGAGUGCUCACUGGAAGGACAGAUCCUGAAGCUGAGGCUCCAAUGCUUUGGCCGCCACAUGAGAAGAGAAGACUCCCUGGAAAAGACCCUGAUGUUGGGAAAGAUGGAGGGCACAAGGAGAAGGGGACGACAAAGGACGAGAUGGUGGGACAGUGUUCUCGAAGCUACCAGCAUGAGUUUGACCAAACUGCGGGAGGCAGUGGAAGACAGGAGGGCCUGGCGUGCUCUGGUCCAGGGGGUCACGAAGAGUUGGACACGACUAAACGAUUAAACAACAAGGUGUGCAGAGGAUUGUAUUGCAAGGUAACAGCCGGACAUGGACCAAAUCACAGUAAAGCAUUUACGUGGAUUCACGGGACAGCUGCCAUUAGGUGUGUCCAUAUUAUUUAUUUGUUGCAAUUAUAUCGCACCUUUUUCUCCCUCCUCAUGUGGGGUACGUUAGGCUAAGGGAUGCCCCCACCCCAAGGUCAUGCAGACAAGUGUGGAUUUGAACCCUCCGUCUCCCAGAUCCUAGUCCUCAUUUAACACCCACAACAACCCUGGCGAGGUAGGUUAGUAGUCUGAAAGGGGCAGUAAGGCAGCCGGCAAGAUUACACCCAGAGAGCUUCGUGGGGAUGAGUGGUGGGAUUCGAACCCGGGUCUCUCCCAGGUCCUGGCCAGAGACUUCAACCAUGGCACCUCACUGGUUUCUCUGCUCAGAGCAGGGCAGGCCGUGGAUUCCCAGAGCGCAAGGGGCAGAGGGCAGAGGCGGCUGGAUGGGGAACUGGGCUGAAGUCUCUGGCAAAGUUGAAAACCUGCUAGCAGGGGCUCCGAUGGCGCAAGGGGAAAUUGCUCACUUUCCCCUCCAUUAACCUUCUGUAGGGAGUGAGGCUUGCAAGACAUUGUAAUAAUAAUAAUAAUAAUUUAUUAUUUAUACCCCACCCAUCUGGCUGCGCUUCCCCAGCCACUCUGGGCGGCUUCCAACAAAAUAUUAAAAUACAGUAAUGCAUCAAACAUUAAAAGCUUCCCUAAACAGGGCUGCCUUCAGAUGUCUUCUAAAAGUCUGGUAGUUGUUGUUCUCUUUGACAUCUGGUGGGAGGGCAUUCCACAGGGCAGGUGCCACCACCGAGAAGGCCCUCUGCCUGGUUCCCUGUAACUUGGCUUCUUGCAAUGAGGGAACCUCCAGAAGGCCCUCGGAGCUGGACCUCAGUGUCCGGGCAGAACGAUGGGGGUGGAGACGCUCCUUCAGAUAUACUGGGCCGAGGCCGUUUAGGGCUUUAAAGGUCAGCACCAACACUUUGAAUUGUGCUCGGAAACGUACAUUGUGUGAAUUAAAGCUUGGGCUGCUGACAGCUGGUGGACUUUUUUUGUUGGGGGGAUACACAACUAAGCACCCAGAGCAGAAUUCUCCAGCGUUUGGAGCUGUGAAAGUGCGGUCGUGUGCAGCUCCUAGCACGCUGCUGGGACGUUGGCACGGGAGCAAAGUGUCUUUUCAGUGGACUUUCUGGAGGUGUGGGGCUUCUGCUCUACAAAGGUGCCGUCUCCAGCAUGUUUGCAGCUGAAAAUGGACCUGGGGACAUAGGAAACCGCUUUAUUUGAGCCCUUGGGUCUACCUAGCUGAGAAUUGUCUACACGGACUGGCAGCGGCUGAGCAAGGUUUCAGACAGAGGAUGCUCCCCACCCUACCUGAAAAUGCACUUGGGGACCUUCUGCUACAGCCCUUUCCCCAGAAGCUGACCCACUUGGAUACUGACUCUUUAGGGAAGCUGCAUCUCCUUGAAAUUUCAAGGUCUAAAAUGGAAGAGCCGAGCUUGGCCCACUCGGAGGAUUCCUUGACGUGGCCCAGGAGCGGCGUGAGGCCUCAGGGGAGCCGAAGGCCAAGGGAAGCCAGGCAUGGGAGAGUUGGGCAUGGACAGGCGGUCUUCUUUGGGCAGGCGGUCUUCUUUUUUGCCUGCAUAGCUCGGUGGGCAGGGCGCCUGGCGCGUGCAGGAAGCUAAGCAGGCUCAGCCCCGGACAGCUUUUGGAUGGGAGACCAGACCCGUGGCCUGGAUGGCAGCACCAUUUCCGCAUAUCUCGUAUGUUUGGCCUUCCCCGCAGAGCAUCUUGCCAAAGACUCCCGAAUCUACCAGGAUGUCAAGCGCCAACCCCUCGGGUCACAACUGGAACCAGAAACCAAAAGCGGAGGAGGAAGAGGAAGAUCCCUUCAACAAAAUGAUCUCCCACACCGGUUGCGCCUCUUUCCACUAUGUGAUGCGAUGCGAGGUGAAGCGCUUCAAGGCCGCAUGAUGGAGCAUGAGAAGCAGAGGGUGACAGAGCUUCACAGGAGACAGAAAGGGCAUCUGUUAAGUUGUGGGUGAACAUAUCAGACGACACAGAGAUUCUUCAGACAGCUUCUUCACAGGCCAGAACAGAACUGAAGUGAAGGGUUCAGCCAACCGGCUUAUGCAGAGCUCAACUACAACGCAACAGUAACAACUUUCUGUAACUAUCCAAUCACUGAACGUCACUUUCAGUUCCUUAUUUGCAUAUGCGGACCUGAGUGAAAACUAUCUACAGUAUCCCCCUGCUGGCCCAGGGUGAGAACUUCAGUCCAUAACAGCAUCAAACCACAAGCUGACAAGAGCCAGCUUUGCACAAUGGGUUGUGUUCCCUUGCUUGGCUUGGCAGAAGUAUUUAAAUACUGGCAGCGUAGCACAGGGGUUGAGUUCUGGGGGAAAUGUUGCUGUGGGAGGUGGCUCAAAGAGAUGGGAAGCAACUUAAUGGAUUACUCUUCCAGUAAUCCCCUGGCUAAACUCUUCUGGUUUUUAACAGAACAAGCAAAACUCAUUUUCUUGCCAAAAGAUAAAAGGUAGAAUUAAAAAACAAAAAACGGAAGCGCCUUUGUGCUUACACAAGUGGAAGCAGAGAAAGGGAGAGGGCAAGAGAAAUUCCACACACCUGAGAUGUUUCCUCCUUGUGACAGGGCAUGCUUACCUGUCUGGCCCAAGAGCAUUCUGGGUAAAAAAAGGUAGAAGGUAAAGGACCCCUGGAUGGCUACGUCCAGUCAAAGGCGACUAUGGGGUUGUGGCGCUCAUCUUGUUUUCAGGCCGAGGGAGCCGGCGUUUGUCCGCAGACAGCUUUCCGGGUCAUGUGGCCAGCAGGACUAAACCGCUUCUGGCACAUGGAGAACCGUGACAAGUGCCAGAGCGCACAGAAAUGCUGUUUACCUUACCGCCACAGUGGUACCUAUUUAUCUACUUGCACUGGUGUGCUUUCAAACUGCUAGGUUGGCAGGAGCUGGGACAGAGCAACGGGAGCUCACCCCAUCGCGGGGAUUCGAACCGCCGACCUUCUGAUCGGCAAGCCCAAGAGGCUCAGUGGUUUAGACCACAGUGCCACCUGCAAUAGGUUGGUCCAUAAGGUGGGCGCCCAUUCCCACAUCCUGGGUAUCCAGGCUUCCUUUAGAUUAAAAACACACACGUUAUGCCUCUUUGAAGGAGAGCCUCAGGUCAAUCGCAGAGUGAGUGCGAAAGGUCCUGAACUUAAGCCCCACAUCACCAGGCAGUGCAAAGAUGGACACCUGCCUGCAACCCCAGAGAGCCAUUAGCUCAGCGCAGAUCAUGUGGAGCUGGGUGGAUCAAUAGUCUGUCUUUGUAGAAGCCAGCCAGCUUCCUGGGCUCCUUGAUUCUUACUCCAUGAGCCCUCUUCCCUCCAGUAAUUUCCAGCAACUGUGAUUCAGAGGCAUUGCCAACUUCCAACCCUGGAGGCAGAGAACAGCCGUCCUGGCUAGUAGCCCGACGAAAGCUCUUUCCUCCUCCAUGAAUUCGUCCAAUCCGCUUUUAAAUCCAUCUAAGCUGGUGGCCAUCACUGCCUCCUGUGGCAGGGAGUUCCAAAGUCUAACUAUGCACUGCAGUGAAGAAAUACUUCUUUGAUGUGUCCUGAAUCUUCCAAUAUUUAGCUCUUUUAUCUAUCCACUUUCCCUAUGCCCUGCAUAAUUUUUAAAACUUCUAUCGUGCCCCCUCUUUACUCAGCUUUCUCUAAACUAAAAAGUCUCAAACACUGCAACCCUUCUUCAUAUUGGAGUUGUUCAGUCUUGUAUUGUAAUCUUCUUGGGGCAGGGAUCUGCCCCUUUGCCCUUGGUCAUGUAAAGCGCCACACUGUGAUAAUUAUACUUAAUUACUUACAGUCAUUCCUCGGGUUACAGGCGCUUCAGGCUGCGCAUUUUCGGGUUGUGUACCGCGCUGAACCCAGAAGUAUCGGAACGGGUUACUUCCGGGUUUCAGCGCAGAAGCGCUAAAUUGCGCUUUGCGCAUGUGCAGAAGCGCUGAAUUGCAACCCGCGCAUGCACAAACAUGGCGCUGCGGGUUGGAAAUGUGCCUCCCGCACGGAUCAUGUUCACAACCCGAGGUUCCACUGUACGUACGUACGUACUUACUUAUUUAUUGGAGUAUUGAAUGGUUUGAACAAUCCCCAAUGCACGGCUGUAGUUGGAGAAUUUUAAUUUCGAGCGGACUUCAGUCCAAUACAGUCGUACCUUGGAAGCCGAACACAUUGGCUCACAAACGAUCAAAACCCGGAAGUGAGUGUUCCAGUUUUUGAACGAUUUUCGGAAACUGAACAUCUCCGGCGCGGCUUCCAAUUGGCUGCAGGAUGUUUUCGAACAGUUCUGGGAAUCAAACAGACUCCCGGAACACAUUGUGUUCGAGAACCAAGGUACAGCUGUACAGAGAAAAUCAUGGCAAUCAGAACCCCACUCCUGUCUCGGGCCCCCUACCCUGAGUGAUGCCCCCUAGUGGAUGGGUGUGGAGGAAGCAGGGACAUGGUGCCACAGUGCCCCCUAGUGACCCCAGUCCCACAAAUCCAGUCCCAUUCUUGCAAUCACUUCCUGAUGUUUCCUGCUGCUGGUGAGAGACGAACGUAGAAAUCUGAGGGCUCCCUUGGACAAAAAACAAGGACCCCAGCCAGGAAUACCAGAGCAAAACAGCAGCCAGUAGGCUUGGUCUUUAUUGAUGACUGUCGCGACAGGACUCCCACCUCCCACAAGGUGGAACAAGCCCCAAACAAAAGAGAACCCAAACUUUUAUUAGCUGCUAAUCCCCAUGUUACACCCCCCCAAACUACAUCACUCAUACAUCAUGAAAGGGGAGGUCUGGUGGCAGUAAUCUGAGCAUCCUGGACCCUGCCCCAUGGCUCCCCUUGCCCCCCACCAAACACCCAUCAAGUGUAACAAAAGAGAUACUUACAUUUCCCUGUUUCCCAGCCAAGUUAAUCACACCCUUUUGUCUUCAUCUGGGUUUGUUCUUUCUGGAAUGGCUACCUGUCUGGCACUCAGGUAUCAGGUAUCAGGAUGCCAGGGAUUAUCACUCAGGCAGAGGGGCUGCUGAGUAGCUGAGCUCACAUGUCUAUAUGAAUUUCUGAAGUUGUCCCAGUGAGCCAGUACAUAGAUGCAUUUAUCAGUGAAUUCUUAUAUUUGGUAUUGUGCAGCAGAGGCCCUUUGAAUAGACAGGAAGAAACUGUGAUGAGCCAGUGUGGUGUAGUGGUUAAGAGUGGUGGACUCGUAAUCUGGUGAACCGGGUUCGAUUCUCCGCUCCUCCACAUGCAGCUGCUGGGUGACCUUGGGCCAGUCACACUUCUCUGAAGUCUCUCAGCCCCACUCACCUCACAGAGUGUUUGUUGUGGGGGAGGAAGGGAAAGGAGAAUGUUAGCCGCUUUGAGACUCCUGAAGGGGAGUGAAAGGCGGGAUAUCAAAUCCAAACUCUUCUUCUUCUUCUGUUUUGUGGGGAUAAAUCACAAAAGUCCCAAAAGCGAUUGUGCUGAUUUUGGUAGUGGGCUGCAUGUGCAUGAUAUCUGCUGGAGGGGCAACCCCCCCCCCAGCCUAUACAUAAAUUCCUGCAACAGUUGGAAGGCAGAGUCCGGCUGAUGACUGCGGGGCAAGACUUGUUUACCUGCACAGACUGCUGGCAGAGCUCCAGAUGGUGCAUUCAGUGUGUAAUGCGUAGAACACCCAGGCCUGGGUGGGGUGAGCUGAGGUCAUUUCCCAGAUCUCCUGCUUGAUUUCCUGUGUGCAUGGAGGGGGGGGGCAUGGCCUGCCCAGAUGGCCUCGCCAAAUAAAUAGCUGCAGCUCAUCCACCUUGCCCUGCCAGCAGAUCAGCUGCCAAAUCAUUAUGUAAUGAUAAUAAUAAUGUGUUGCAAAGGUAUAUAGUGUUCUAGAGCAAUCAUAGGCAGUCAUUUAAGACCCAGGGCUGCAGCAACAUGCAAUUCAGUUUUAACAGUUGUACAUCAGAGGUUCCCAAAGCGAGUGGUACGGCCCCCCCUGGGGGAGGUGGGAUUCCUUAGGGGAGUGCUCAAAGGCAAAGGGGUCUUAGGAGGAAGCAGGAGGUGUGAACGACUCAGACUUUGAAAGGAUCACUGGAUCAAGUUCGUCAGUUUUGUUAAUUGAACUAAGUGGUUUUAACUGGACGUUGCUUCCGUUUUGAAUUUUAUUGUGUUGCUCACUUUCUUGGUGAAUUGCGCAAACUGCAAUUCUGAAUAAUGCUUUUUAGAGCGUAGGGUCGAGGGCACGGGGGAUGGGUUCGUGGAACCGAGGGGGCCGGGGUCUGCAAAAGUUUGGGAGCUGAUGUCAUAGCUCAUCAGCAGAGCAUGCGUUUUACCUGCGUAGGGACCAGAGGUUCAACCCCACCAACUCCAGUUCAAGGAUCUCUUGAAAAAAGCUCUGGCCGAUAAUAGUAAAGGUAAAGGGACCCCUGACCAUUAGGUCCAGUCAUGGCCAACUCUGGGGUUGCGGCACUCAUCUUGCUUUAUUGGUCGAGGGAGCCAGCGUACAGCUUCCGGGUCAUGUGGCCAGCAGGACUAAGCUGCUUCUGGUGAACCAGAGCAGCGCACAGAAACGCCGUUCACCUUCCCGCCAGAGUGGUACCUAUUUAUCUACUUGCACUUUGAUGUGCUUUCGAACUGCUAGGUUGGCAGGAGCAGGGACCGAGCAACGGGAGCUCACCCCAUCGCGGCGAUUCAAACCGUUGACCUUCUGAUUGGCAAGCCCUAGACUCAGUGGUUUAACCCACAGCGCCACCUGCGUCCCUUAAUAAUAGGCCGAUGAUAGUAAAUGGGGCCAAUGAUUUGACUCAACAUUUAUAAGACAAUCUUCCUCCAAGGAUCUUAAGACAAAGAAAAAAUGAGUACACAGUUUGCUGUCUCAACCUCAGAACAACCACCCUGUGAGUUAGGACAACAGCCAGCCAGUAAGCCUCCUCUUGGUUGAGUGGGGAUUUGAACCCGUGUCUUCCUAACCUGGUGUUCUGACCGCUAAGCGGUGGCAUCUUCUAAUGUCCAGGGUUCUGAUCAUUUUGACCGCAUCAUCUCCAUAAUCGUUGCACAAAAAGCCCUUUAAGAUUCCCCACUCCUGCGUUGUAGCCAGGAGAGAAGGACUGGCCUCUUAGAGCCAUGUGAUGAAUUCAUGGCGUCGCCGAGAUUCGAACCAGGGACCAACGUCAGUCUCCCUGUCGUGCAUUACUGAAAGUGUGUGUGUGUUAGUGGCUCUGGGCUCUAAGGUCUUAAAAAGGUAAAGGUACCCCUGCCCGUACGGGCCAGUCUUGACAGACUCUAGGGUUGUGCGCUCAUCUCACUCUGGAGGCCGGGAGCCAGCGCUGUCCGCAGACACUUCCGGGUCACGUGGCCAGCGUGACGAAGCUGCUCUGGCGAACCGGCACCAGAGCAGCACACGGAAACGCCGUUUACCUUCCCGCUAUAAAGCGGUACCUAUUUAUCUACUUGCACUUAAGGGUGCUUUCGAACUGCUAGGUGGGCAGGAGCUGGGACCGAACGACGGGAGCUCACCCCGCCGCGGGGAUUCGAACCGCCGACCAUGCGAUUGGCAAAUCCUAGGCGCUGAGGUUUUACCCACAGCGCCACCCGCGUCCCCUUCUAAGGUCUUACCUCUGUCUUUUUCAGAAGAGUCUCCGUCUACCGCUUCCACCACACCUGACUCCACAGAUGGUGAGUAACCCCAGGACGUUUUGCACAGCUGCCCAAGACUCAUAGCUGUCAACUUUUCCCUUUUCUUGUGAGGAAUCCUAUUCGGAAUAAGGGAAUUUCCUUUUAAAAAAGGGAAAAGUUGACAGCUAUGCCAAGACUGAGCUCACAAACCCUGGUUAAGACCCUACUUGGGAGGGUCCCAGGUUUCUUAGAGAAAGAAAACAAUCGGUGCAAUAUGUAAAUCAGAAAGUGUCACAGGCUGGAAGGACAAAAGGGCAAAGUGCAGCUCCAAAGAGAUAAUAAAGUAUUAGAGCUCAGUUGGUUAGAGCGCGGUGCUGAUAAGGCCAAGGUUGCAGGUUUGAUCCCCGUUUGGGACAGCUGCAUAUUCCUGACUUGGACUAGAUGAUCAAAACCCAAAGAGCGCAAUGAUGGUAUCGAAUUUAAAAAAUAAGGAAGUCGUGGUGGAGGGAAGUUGAGGAGUGUGGUGGCAGGAAUGUAAAGGGGGUGGGAAGGAUUUAUGUUUGUGUAAAUAGUAAAUUAUUUUUGUGUGUUGUUGUAUUUGUAGGAUGUACUUUCUUUUUUCUUUUUGUAUUAUUAAAAACUCAGUAAAAAUAAAUUAUAAACACACACACACACACACACACACACACAAACACGGCUUUAACACGGCUUAUGGUCUGUAAGUGACUGUGGAGGCCAAUUCUGGAUCCACACAUCCUUCCACAGUGGGGACCUUGGUUUCGGGUGGGAGUUGAUCCUGGUGAGGGUUUGCCAAGUGUGCCUUCCUCUUAGCACGUUUCUCCCUUGCGUCCUGAGUUCGAGUGUUUUCAAAGCCCAUGACACCUUUGGUCAAGGCUGUUCUCCAACUGGAGCACUCGCAGGCCAAUGUUUCCCGGUUGUCGGUGUUUAUACUACAUUUUUAAAGAUUUGCCUUGAGAGAGUCUUUGAACCUCUUUUGUUGACCACCAGCAUUACACUUUCCAUUUUUAAGUUGGGAAUAGAGUAGUUGCUUUGGAAGACAAUCAUCAGGCAUCCGCACAACAUGACAAGUCCAACGAAGCUGAUGUUGAUGAAUCAUUGCUUCGACACUGGUGAUAUUUGCUUCUUCCAGUACACUGGUAUUAGUUCGCCUGUCUUCCCAAGUGAUGUCUAAAAAUUUCUGGAGACAAACACAGAAUCAUAGAAUCAUAGAGUUGGAAGAGACCACAAGGGCCAUCGGGUCCAACCCCCUGCCAAGCAGGAAACACCAUUAGAGCACUCCUGACAUAUGGUUGUCAAACCUCUGCUUAAAGACCUCCAAAGAAGGAGACUCCACCACACUCCUUGGCAGCAAAUUCCACUGUCGAACAGCUCUCACUGUCAGGAAGCUCUUCCUAAUGUUUAGGUGGAAUCUUCUUUCUUGUAGUUUGGAUCCAUUGCUCCGUGUCCGCUUCUCUGGAGCAGCAGAAAACAACCUUUCUCCUUCCUGUAUGUGACAUCCUUUUAUAUAUUUGAACAUGGCUAUCAUAUCACCCCUUAACACACACACACACACACACACACACACACACACACUGUGACCACCAACACAGAGGGAAGAGAAAUGACGGGGGGGGGGGCAAUUGAAUCCAGAUGGAGGUGAUCUUAUACCUGCAAGGGACACCCGUGACGUUUUUCCCUCCCCAGGUGGCAACGAUGAAUCCGACUUCCCUGAACUACAGACGGCGAGGGAGUUCUCGGAGGACGAGGAAGACGAGGAGGUGUCUCUGGAGUGGGGGACCCCCCGGGAGCUGACUUUUUCCUACAUCACCAUCGCGGGGCCCCUCAACAGCAGCCCAACGCUGGGGGAGCACGCCCCCCGGGGCAGGCGCGACUCCCAGACCCGCCGGGCGCGGGCCCCGCUGCCGCGUACGGACACCUGCGAGACCUUUGUGCCGGCGCUGGGGGACAGUUUGGAGAAUAUCCCCAGCCUCUGUCCGUCCCCCGAGGGAGAGGGGGUGCCCCCUCCGGGCGACGGCCAAGGACUGGACCCUUUCUUGGGCUGGGAAGCCCAUGCAGGCUCCGUGGGCAAAGCAGACCGAGGGGAAGGAGAGGGGGCACCAGGGUCGCAGAGGCACAGCCCCCUGGCGCAGGCACUGGUGGGGGGCCAGAGCAGCAGCAGCAGCAGAAGCAGCAAGUCGUCCUCAGGUACGGGGAGGGGUACCCAGAAAUGGGCGCCCCAGGGGGAGCGCGAGGGGAUGCCGUGGGGUGGAACUGUGGCCACGAAACACGACUCUCGCCUUUGCUUCUUUGCCCAGGCGAGGAAAACGCCUCUGGUGUCUUUAAAAACAAUGUUUUUGUUUUUUUAAAAAAACCCUUUUAAGCACGGCUUUUACCGUAUGGUUUUUACAUGCAAUGUUUAGGCAAUGUUUAGACAAUCCUUAUAGAAUUCCUUCAGAUUUGUACGAUGAAAGAUAAGCUGUUUCGUAGAUCUUCGUCAGCGUGGUGGGAGAAUAUGGAAUUGUUUCAUAAAGGUACAGUGGUACCUCGGCUUACAUACGCUUCAGGUUACAUACGCUUCAGGUUACAGACUCCGCUAACCCAGAAAUAGUAACUUUGCUUCAGGAUGAGAACAGAAAUUGUGCUCCGGCGGCGCGGCAGCAGUGGGAGGCCCCAUUAGCUAAAGUGGUGCUUCAGGUUAAGCACAGUUUCAGGUUAAGAACAAACCUCCGGAACGAAUUAAGUACUUAACCCGAGGUACCACUGUAAAGGUAAAGGGACCCCUGGCCAUUAGUUCCAUUCGUGACUGACUCUGGGGUUGUGGCGUUCAUCUCGCUUUACUGGCCGAGGGAGCCGGCGUACAGCUUCCGGGUCAUGUGGCCAGCAUGACUAAGCCGCUUCUGGCAAACCAGAGCAGCACACAGAAACGCUGUUUACCUUCCCGCCGGAGCGGUACCUAUUUAUCUACUUGCACUUUGACGUGCUUUUGAACUGCUAGGUUGGCAGGAGCAGGGACAGAGCAACGGGAGUUCACUCCGUCGCGGGGAUUCGAACCACCAACCUUCUGAUUGGCAAGCCCUAGGCUCUGUAGUUUAACUCACAGCGCCACCCGCGUCCCUAAUUGUUUCAUUAACCCAUCUUAUUUUGAAUGAAUAUAUGUGAAUGGAAAUAUCAAACGCUGUGGAGCAGUGCUCAUGUGAAACAGCAGUCAAUAUCCGGAAUCUCUGUUCAGUGUUGGACAUUAUAUUUGCUGAAUACACAAAGCUUCACAGCUUGUCUUUCAUCGUACAGAGUUUGGUACCUCUCUUUGUUUAAAGACUUUCAGAGACUUUGAGUCUGAGAUUUCAUUUUGAACUUGUUAUUGGUUGAAGGAAUUCUAUAAAGAUUGUCUAUUACGUAUAUAUAUGGUCAUCAUGUUGCCUAAACAUUGUUGACGUUCUCUUUUGCAACACAGGAGUUUGUUUGGAUACCUACUGGUUUUUACGUGCAGCUGUUGCAAACUGCUCUGAUAUUUUAUUUGUGAAUAUUCCUAUUAAAGAGAUAGAGAGAUAAAUUGCAGGUGAUCAAUUGUUUGUUUAAAUGUGCCUCUACGUGGUAAACCCCCAAAUCUGAGGCACUGAGAACGAAGAUUUUCCCCCUAUACAGAUCUCAACCAUAGAAACAUUACAGAGAUUUGCAACAUAUCUAUCUCUAUCUCUAUCUGUGUAAAAGUGUGAUAUUAUAAACAACUAGGAGGCAAGGUAGAGAUUCCAGAUCAAUUCAUCCAUACCAUGUGAUUCCUGGAUGCCCGGGGGUUGGAAUAGAGGACCAUUGGGGUCCCAUCCAACCGAACUAUUCUACGAUUCUAUUUUUUAAUUCUUUAUUGCAUUUUUUAAAAUUUACAAAGAAAGCAUAUAUUAAACAUAACAUCCAAAUAUUCAAACUAAAAACAAAAAAUACAUAAAAAACAAAAAAAUAAAGAUAUAAAAGGAAUAUAGAAAGAAAAAGGAAGGGGGGGGGGGAAUUGAUCAAAUACACCAAAUUAUUCAAAGGAUAAGAACAGUGAUUUGAUUAUUCUAUACGCCAAGUUCCCAGAAAGAGAUUACAUUUGUAUUCUUCUUUCUUUCUUUCUUUCUUUCUUUCUUUCUUUCUUUCUUUCUGUUCUGGAAAACUGGCUUGAAUCCCUUCUAUUUUGGUUAAAUUCCCUCUAUCUCUUUGCGGUUUCAAUACUUUCCUUAAGUAGCGAAUAUUCUAUAUUCAUUUGUUAACAUCAUGGUUAGGCAAACUAAGGCUCGGGGGCUGGAUCAGGCCCAAUCGCCUUCUCAAUCUGGCCCACAGACAUUCUGGGAAUCAGUGUGUUUUUACAUGAGCAGAAUGUGUGCUUUUAUUCAAAAUGCAUCUCUGGGUUAUUUGUGGGGCAUAGGAAUUCAUUCAUUAUUAUUUUUUCAAAAUAUAGUCUGGCCCCCCACAAGGUUUGAGGGACAGUGGACCGGCUCCCUGCCGAAAAAGUUUGCUGACCCCUGGUUAACGCCAAUUUCUCCCACAGAACUGUGAAAUGAAUCUGGGCAAAACAAAGUAUUGUUUUUGAAACCAUAUUUUAGUUUUUGGAAGCAGUCCCAUUCCUUUUUUCACCGUAUCGCCCGAGUGGUUUCUUAUCAGGUCUGUCAUUUUGGAAUUCUGCGAUUCCAAGAGGAAUAAAAAGCGUUGUGACCCUUCUGCUGCUGUCUGCUUCCCCCCAGAAACUUCCCUGGAGGACCUGCCGCCACCCGACGCCUUAGCGCCCCACCCGGAACCGGGCGCCCCCUGCGGUGCUGACACCACCCAGCACCCAGCACUGACCUCAUCCGAGUUCUGCCAACACCCGUUGUGGGACGAGGAGGUGGAGCAGAGGGAGGAAGAGGAGGAGGAGGAAGAAGACCGGGCGCCAGUCUCAGAGCAGCGUCAAGCAGAGGCGGACCAAUCAGGGAAUACUCUGGAAAAAUGCCCCGUAGGUGAGCGAACCGCUGGCGGCUUGUUCAGACAAGGCGUAGGCUGCGCUACAAUUCCCAGAGCGGCAAAAACAGUCAGCUCUGGGAAUGGUAGCGCUGCGAGGGGGGUUAGGGGCGCUGCCUAAGAACGUUCGGCGCCCCAAACUAUAACUCCCAGAAUUCUUUAGGAGAGGGAAAAGUCGUGACUGUAUCACAGCCCUGUAUGCUGUGAAUGUGACCUGAGAACGAUGGGGGGUGUUGUUCCUUAAUAGCUUUUUGCGGAGAAUUUGCGGGGCGUUUUUUUGUUUGUUUACUGGCUGCCUCCAUGAGGGCUAGAAUCCUGUGGUUGCAUCUUAAAAUGAAAGGAAGGGCAACCUCCCAAGUUGUCUGCUUACCUAGAGGCCUUAUUCUGCAACUCGUGAGCUGCCGCCCAUGGAUAUUAGUGGGGAGGUAUUAAAUGAAAAACCAACAAAAAACAUUUUUUUAAAAAAAAGGAUAUUGGCGGGAGGGGGCGCCUGUGGCUUUCUAGCAUCUCCCCCCCCCUCCCCGCCAUGCCUGAGCUUUCAUGGCGUUGGCCUAGUAAGGCCUUCUUCACCCAGAAAACAUCCCUACUCACCCCCCCUGGCAACUUGCCCGGACCGGGAUGGUAGCCGAGUCGAGUCAGCGAGUAAAAAUAGCUUCUGUGCUGAGCGGAGCAGGAAUUGGAGCCAGGAGGGUCUCCUGCGUGUGACUCCCAAAUAUUCCUCUCUCUCCGCUCACCACCCCCUUCACACGGCAGCUGACUCUGCGGCUGAGCACCUGAGAAGGAACGCUCUUUGUCUUCCUCUCUCACACAUGCAGCCUGCUCUGCAAGGCUGGCGUUGGCUCCCACUUCCUGGCUCCCGGCUCCCAGUUCUAUUAAACAGAGCUGCGCAAAGCAACAUGAAUGAGGAACUGAGAAUAUAAUCUCCUGGUGAUGUGUGUACACCCAGAAUCUAUUUGGGGGCACAAAAGCCCAGUUUUGUGUUUAACCUGGAAGUAAUAGUACAGUGGUACCUCGGGUUACAGACGCUUCAGGUUACAGACUCCGCUAACCCAGAAAUAGUGCUUCAGGUUAAGAACUUUGCUUCAGGAUGAGAACAGAAAUCGUGCUCCGGCGGCACGGCAGCAGCAGGAGGCCCCAUUAGCUAAAGUGGUGCUUCAGGUUAAGAACAGUUUCAGGUUAAGAACAGACCUCCGGAAUGAAUUAAGUACUUAACCCGAGGUACCAUUGUAGUAGUAGUAGUAAUAAUAAUAAUAAUAAUAAUAAUUAUUAUUAUUAUUAUUAUUUAUUAUUUAUACCCCGCCCAUCUGACUGGGCUUCCCCAGCCACCCUGGGCGGCUUCCAACAAAGUAUUAAAAUACAGUGGUCUGUUAAACAUUAAAAGCUUCCCUAAAGAGGGCUGCCUUCAGAUGACUUCUAAAAGUCAGGUAGUUGUUGUUCUCUUUGACGUCUGAUGGGAGGGCGUUCCACAGGGCAGGCGCCACCACCGAGAAGGCCCUCUGCCUGGUUCCCUGUAACUUGGCUUCUUGCAGUGAGGGAACCGCCAGAAGGCCCUCGGAGCUGGACCUCAGUGUCCGGGCUGAAUGAUGGGGGAGGAGACGCUCCUUCAGGUAUACUGGACCGAGGCCGUUUAGGGCUUUAAAGGUGAGUACCAACACUUUGAAUUGUGCUCGGAAAUGUCCUGGGAGCCAAUGUAGAUCUUUCAAGACCGUUGUUAUGUGGUCUCAGCAGCCGCUCCCAGUCACCAAUCUAGCUGCCGCAUUCUGGAUUAGUUGUAGUUUUUGGGUCUUUAAUUCCUCUGACAUCGUGCGUUAAAAGCGUGUUGCAGGAAAGCAGCUGUUUAAGAGGAGCUUGGUCUGGGUCAAGAAAAAGUCCCAUCGGGUCCAGCACCCUGUUUUCACUGUUUUCACAAAACCUAGGAUUCUGGGUAGACUGGAGAUGGAGCUGGAGGUUCCAUCAGAACGGAAGAAAAUCCUGGCUGCUGGGUCAGGUCAAGGGCCCACCCAGUCCAGCAUCUUUGUCCUCACAGAGGCAGCCCAGAAGCCCCGUUGGAAAACUCCCAAGCAGGAUUUGAACACAAGAGCCCUCUCCCGCCCUGCAGUUCCCAGGAACUGACAUUCAGAAGCAUUGCUGCCUCCCCGAAUUUGGCCAAUCCUCUUUUAAAGCCAUCCAGGUUGAUAGACAUCCCUAACCUCCAAGUGGCAGGGAGUUCCACAGUCCAAUCUGCGCUGCUUGAGGAAGAACUUUUUUAAAAAUCUGCCCUGAACCUUCCAACAUUCAGCUUCAGGAGAGAGGGAAAACUCACCCCUUGUUUGGCUGCAGAUGGAAACCAGGAGUGCCCCCCCCCCUUUUAACGGAGAAAUCUGAGGGCUCCCUUGGACAAAAAAACAAGGACCCCAGCCAGGAAGACCAGAGCAAAACAGCAGCCAGUAGGCUUGGUCUUGAUUGCAGACUGUCGCGACAGGACUCCCACCUGCCGCCAGGUGGAACAAGAUGGAAGCCCCGUACAAAAGAGAACCCAAACUUUUAUUAGCUGCUAAUCCCCAUGUUACACCCCCCAAACUACAUCACUCAUACAUCAUGAAAGGGGAGGUCUGGUGGCAGGAAUCUGAGCAUCCUGGACCCUGCCCCAUGGUUCCCCUUGCCCUCCACCAAACACCCAUCAAGUGUAACAAAAGAGAUAUUUACAUUUCCCUGUUUCCCAGCCAAGUUCAUCCCACCCUUUUGUCUUCAUCUGGGUUUGUUCUUUCUGGAAUGGCUACCUGUCUGGCACUCAGGUAUCAGGAUGCCAGGGAUUAUCCCUCAGGCAGAGGGGCUGCUGAGUAGCUGAGCUCACCUGUCUAUAUGAAUUUCUGAAGUUUCCCAGUGAGCCAGUACAUAGAUGCAUUUAUCAGUGAAUUCUUACAUUUGGUAUCGUGCAGCAGAGGCCCUUUGAAUAGAUAGGAAGAAACUGUGAUGAAGUGUUUUGUGGGGACAAAUCACAAAAGUCCCAAAAGCGAUUGUGCUGGUUUUGGUAGUGGGCUGCAUGUGCAUGAUAUCUGCUGGAGGGGGCAACCCCCCAACCUAUACAUAAAUUCCUGCAACACCCUAAAAUGACCAUCUCCCAGCCGCCCUGCCCCCCAGAAAUUGGGUGCUUGCCUCCCCCCCUUUGGCCUCCCCGCCCCCACCUCCGGGUGAUCGGAACCUUCUCUGAGCAAGCCAAGGCAGGAGAUUCUGUGACGGUAAAUGGCAGCUGGGAUUCGUCAGCUAUAAAUAGCCCCCCCCCGCCCCGACACCCCCCUCCCAGGACUGGGCGCCCCUCCUCCAGCCAGACGCUCGUGAGAGGUUCCCGCAGAGCCGCGACGAGUCUUGGAUCUGCGAGAAAAAGGGGCUCACCAUGGCUAACAGAGGUAGGAAACACCCCCCCAAAAAAAACAUACUUAAAAAUAUAUCUAUACCCCCCAAGGAGGAGCAGAGCUGGGUGGAGUUUAAAAGAUGGGUGGAAGGACCUCUGAAAAGGGGAAUUUCUUGCCAGGGAGAAAGUGGGGGGGGGGCUGUGUCAACCGAGGGUCUUCAAUUGGGCUACUUCGACACGGGAGGAGGGAAGAUCUGGGAGGAAAGUGGACCCAAUCCAUAGAAGCUGUGUGCUGCUGUUUUGAUGGACAAGGGCAUCCUGUAUGGCUGGGGGGGGGGUGUGUUGAGAUCAGGGGAGGCAACGUUUUGGGGCGUGAUGCGGGUGCCAUAGGAGGUGGGUGGGUAGGUAGGUGGGACCCCCCCCCCCAAAUCCCUGCAGCCAGGGCCUGCCUUUUUCCGCCCCCCUCCCGUCGCAGCCUCUCUUUUCCUCGCUGAGUUGCCUGCCUGGCAUUUGGGGCUGUCAGUUAUAGGGGUUGAACAGGGAGGAGUGUGUGUGUGAUACUUCUGACAGCUGCAGGCAUUUGGGUUCUUUUUCCAUCCUCCUCCUCCUCCUCCGCCGUCCUCCGGGAUCGCUGGGGCCAACCGCAAGGAUUCCCUUCCCCAACCCUGCGCCCUCCGGGUGUCCCAAACUACAACUCCCAUCUCCCGAUUCGACACCUGGGAGUUGUAGUUUGGGACAUCUGGAGGGCACGGGGCUGGGCAAGGCUUGAUUUAUCAGCUAUUUUAAAAUGAGGCUGCAUUUUAAAUUGCAUUUUGACCUGUAUUUUAAAUUGGGGUGUUUUUCCUUUUCCUUCCUUUCCCCCUAUUAUGUUUUUACUGAGAUUUUAUUGGUGUUAACUGCCCUGAGCCUGGCUCUGGCCGGGGAGGGCGGGGUAUAAAUUAUAAAUUUAUUAUUAUUUAUUCUAAAGGAGAAUAGAUGGCGAAUGGUUUAACCCUUUCCCCCUCUGCCCAAGACCCUGGAGAGCAGCUGCAGUCAGAGUAGACAAGGCUAAACUGGAUUGAAAAGACAGAUAACCUGAUCUUUCCUUUGUUCCUGAAUCCGUACCUGAGCACAUACAGGAAGAUGCUUGUUGCUAGAGGAGCCUUGGAUCCAGCAUUGCGUGCUCUGACUGGUAGCAGCUGUCUAACUGCAGGCUUGCAAACUCAUCCAAACCUUUCAGCCCAGCACGGGCUCCCUAAUUCAUCUCUUCGGAAGGGUGUGGCCUCCCCUUAUUUAUGGAUUUAUUCCGUCAAACCUUCACACAGACGGAUUGUGAAACGAAAGCAACCCUCAGAGCAGUUUCAGAGAAGACAAUUCAAUGAAAGGAUUGGUCAGAAGAGCGAACGGCAACAAUUCUUUUGGAACGUUAAAAUAACAGUUAACAGAAAACCCGCACUGGCUUCCCAGGCACCUUGGUUAUCCAAAAAAGGAUUCUUUUAGCAGGUGCCAGAAAGAGGACGCGGAAGGCGGCCUGCCAGAUAUCACUAGGCAGGGAGUUCCAAAGGGUAGGUUCUGCCGCAAUAAAAGACCCGAGUUCUUACAAAUGCGAGACAGGGAUUAGGUGGAACCGUAGCAGGGCCGGCUCCCCUUGAGCUUGGAGGGCAGGGCGGAAGAGGGAGGAAAGGCCACCGCAAGGCCAUAGUGAGGAUUGAUUGGGCUUUGGAGCCCUGAGUUCGGAUCCCAGUCCAAAUCCAAGCCUCAGGCUUCCUCGUGGGGAGGGGGGCUCCUGGCAAUGCAGGAAAGGGUCUUCUCUGUGGUAGCACCUCCCAGGCAACUUUGGAACACCCUGCCUAGGGAUGCCAGACUGGCUCUCCUCCUUGCUGUCCUUCCCCUGGCAGGUGGAAAACAGCUUUAUUUAUUCCAACAGGCCUUAGUGUUGUUUUUCAGAUCUGAAUUUUCACACAACACGUUGCUUUAAUUCUAUUAGAGUUCACUUAGUUCUCAACCUUGUUCUUUUUAGCUUUCUGUGCUUUGAGCUGUGCUGUUUUCAAUUUGCCUGGGAUAUAACCAAGUGCAACAAUGGCAAUGGUUAGGGAGGAAAGCAAGGGUGCCCCUGACCGUGUGCAGAGUGCUUUCCCCAUUGCUGGGGUGUAGCGGCAGCCUCUGGGGAGAGGAAGCAAGGUCUCCUGGGUCCAAAAGAGCAGCUUCCAGCUGGCAGCUCCCUCCUUCGAAACUUAAGUGCAGGAUGCGACCGUUACACUGGAGUGGAUGGGGCGGUCAGAAGAGGAUUGAUUUCUUCUCCUGGAGUGCUGAGUUUCCCCCCUUAGCCAGCGUGACCCACCUUAACCCUGAGUCAGGGGUGAGUACCCGGGGCAGAUAGGAGACCUCUCACCUCUGCGGCAUGGGAUCUCCUGCGGCCACAGAACCUGCUGGUUGGAGAAAGCUGGACAGGGGCCGGGGCAUCACUCCCCAGGACACAGGGAUGGCCACCGAGUUUGGUGGCUUUCAAAGAGGACUAGACAAAUUCACGGAGGAGGAAAGGGCUGUCGAUGGCUCAUUGCAUCCAUGGCUGUGCUCUGCCUCCCCGGUCACAGGCAGAAAACCUGCUAUCACUGGAUCAAGUGCCUCGGUUUUCUUGUUUUUACUGUGAAUUACUUUAUCCACUCGGGACACGGGUGGCACUGUGGGUUAAACCACAGAGCCUAGGACUUGCCGAUCAGAAGGUCAGCGGUUUGAAUCCCCGCGACGGGGUGAGCUCCCGUUGCUCGGUCCCUGCUCCUGCCAACCUAGCAGUUCGAAAGCACGCUAAAGUGCAAGUAGAUAAAUAGGUACCACUCCGGUGGGAAGGUAAACGGCGUUUCCAUGCACUGCUCUGCUUCACCAGAAGCGGCUUAGUCAUGCUGGCCACAUGACCCGGAAGCUGUACGCCGGCUCCCUCGGCCAGUAAAGCAAGAUGAGCACUGCAACCCCAGAGUUGUCCGCGACUGGACCUAAUGGUCAGGGGUCCCUUUACCUUUACCUUUACUUUAUCCACUCACUUCCCGCCCUCCCCUUCCACGCUUUCCCUAUUUCCCUUCGGAAAUGCUAUUCCAUUCAUUCAUUUUACCUAUUUAUCUCACUAAUUAACACAGUUGCUCAUAAUUCGAGCCCUGCUCGUGUUUUCAUCCUGCUAUUUUAGUUCUUUAAAAGCUCAGUGAAAGGUCUCCAGUCCUCAAGGAACUUUUUCGUCGUUUUGGUCGCUAAUCUUGCCAGUUCUGCAUCCUCCGCCUUCCUUUUCAAAAGCUGUUCUUCCUCGGUUGGAACCUCUCCUUCUUCCCAUCUUUGGGCGUACAGUGUUUGUGCUGCAAGUUCCCAGCUUGGUUGAAUUACUGAAAUCAAAUAGUUUCAAUUGGAUUUGGAACAAAUGUGCAAUUGGUCUACCACUAUUUCGUUUUGUUGUUGUUGUUUUUUUAACUUCUUUUUAUUAGUUUCAAUUAGCUAUACAACACCAAACAAAGACAAAACAACAACAAACAUAAAAAAACAGAACAUACAGUAAUUAAACAACACAUCCUUAUUUGACUUCCCUUCAACUCGGUUUUGGACUAUAUUACAAAAGAUCUCCUUUCUGCAGUUUCUUUUUUUCAACCUCUACCACUAUUUUGAAUCAUAUUAUGUUACUGUAUUGCCUUUCUCAGCAGGUCUUGCAAACUGCUAUUCUGAAUAAUGCUUUUUAUAGGGCGGGGUAGGGGGCACUGGGGCGAGUUUAAGGAACCAAGCAGGCAGGGUCUAGAAAAGUUUUGGAGUGCGUUGAAAAGCCAGUGCUUUAAAUUUCAGACCUGAGAUGAUGAUGUUGCUCGAUCCCUCAUGGUGGUUCUGAAACUAGGUAGGCAAACUAAGGCCUGGGGGCCGGAUCCGACCCAAUCGCCUUCUCAAUCCGGCCCACGGACGGUCCGGGAAUCAGUGUGUUUUUACAUGAGUAGAAUGUGUGCUUUUAUUUAAAAUGCAUCUCUGGGUGAUUUGUGGGGCAUAGGAGUUCAUUCAUUUUUAUUUUUUUUCAAAAUAUGGUCCGGCCCACCACAUGGUCUGAGGGACAGUGGGCCAGCCCCCUGCUGAAAAAGUUUGCUGACCCCUGUUUUAGUGCCUCUUGCUUCCCUUUUCUUGCCUGCUAUGUUGCAAAUCCCUACACCUUCAUGAGGUCUAGCAACAUGGGUGGUUCUCUCUAUGGCACAAUGAAGUUGCUGUUGCUUGCUUCGCUUUCUCCCUGCAGUGGCAGGGAUUUGGUGUCAUGAGCAGGGCCAGAUUUAGGUUUGAUGAGGCCCUAAGCUACUGAAGGUAGUGAGGCCCUUUAUAUGUCCAGCUGUCCUUUGUCAACAACAAAUUGCCGCUGUUUUGUGUGUGUUGAAUAUAUGCUAUAUGGUAAUUUAUGAGCCUAAUAGGUAUCUCAGGGACGCAGGUGGCGCUGUGGCUGUGGUUUAACCCACAGCGCCUAGGACUUGCCAAUCAGAAGGUCGGCGGUUCAAAUCCCUGCGACGGGGUGAGCUCCUGUUGCUCGGUCCCUGCUCCUGCCCACCUAGCAGUUCGAAAGCAUGUCAACGUGCAAGUAGAUAAAUAGGUACCACUCUGACGGGAAGGUAAACGGCGUUUCCGUGCGCUGCUCUGGUUCGCCAGAAGCGGCUUAGUCAUGCUGGCCACAUGACCCGGAAGCUGUACGCCGGCUCCCUCGGCCAAGAAAGCGAGAUGAGCACCGCAACCCCAGAGUUGGCCACAGAGACUGGACCUGAUGGUCAGGGGUCCCUUUACCUUUACCUUUAGUUAUCUCAAGCCAUUUGCACAUGUUGCCAUGCAAUCAGUCCAUGCAGAAUGUAGGCACCCUAUAUAUAGAAAGGAGCAAACCAGUGAUAUUUUAGGGAGCAGGCGAGCAGGCGGGGCCCAUUACUUACAUCAUAGGAGCCUACACAACACAAAACAUUGUUGCUGUAUGUAGGUUUUAAUUUGUUUUAUUAUCUUAUAUUUUGGAAAUGUACAUCCAGUUGUUAUUUUUCCUUUACGUUUUUUGGGGGGGCCUCAAGAGAGUGGGGCCCUAAGCUAUAGCUUGUUUAGCUUAUACGUAAAUCCGGCACUGGUCAUGAGGAUUAGCAAGACGGGUGGUUUUUAUCUCUCUCUUUGCAGUGUCAUGCAGAUGUUGUUUCUCCUUUGCUUGCAGUGGCAGAUUUGGUGUACUGGCGCGACACCCGCAAGUCGGCGUUCGUCUUCACCGCCUUGAUGGUGGCCCUGCUGUGCCUGCUGCACUUCAGCAUCAUCAGCGUGGCCUCCUACGUCUCCCUGGCGGCCCUCAGCGUCACCAUCUCUCUCAGGGUUUACAGCAAAAUACUACUCGCCGUCCACCGAGGGGAGGGACACAACCCCUUCCAGUGAGUGAACCGCAAGGCACCCACCAGCCCCAUUGUUGUUGUUGUUGUUUAGUCGUGUCCGCCUCUUGGUGACCCCCUGGACCAGAGCACGCCAGGCCCUCCUGUCUUCCACGGCCUCCCGCAGUUUGGUCAAACUCAUGCUGGUAGCUUCGAGAACACCAUCCCACCAUCUCGUCCUCUGUUGUCCCCUUCUCCUUAUGUCCUCCACCUUUCCCAGCAUCAGGGUCUUUUCCAGGGAGUCUUCUCUUCUCAUGAGGUGGCCAAAGUCUUGGAGCCUCAGCUUCAGGAUCUGUCCUUCCAGUGAGCACUCAGGGCUGAUUUCCUUCAGAAUGGAGAGGUUUGAUCUUCUUGCAGUCCAUGGGACUCUCAAGAGUCUCCUCCAGCACCAGAAUUCAAAAGCAUCCAUUCUUCGGCGAUCAGCCUUCUUUAUGGUCCAGCUCUCACUUCCAUACAUCACUACUGGGAAAACCAUAGCUUGAACUAUACGGACCUUUGUCGGCAAGGUGAUGUCUCUGCUUGGGGUAGAGGCUGUAACUACACAACCUAGAAUUCGUUGGUUCCACCAGUCCUUGGCUCUGGCGCCCCCUGCUGUCAGCCUCCCUGCCCUCCAUCCUGCCCCUUCCAUCAUCGGAGCAAUGGUCUGGCUUAGGAAAAGGCAGGCCGCAUUGCCAGAUUUACAUAUAAGCUAAACAAGCGAUAGCUUAGGGCCCCACUCUCUUGGAGGCCCCAACAAAAUUAAAGGAAAAAAACCUGGAUGUACAUUUCCAAAAUAUAAGAUUUGUUGUUGUUAUUUAGGCGUUUAGUCGUGUCCGACUCUUUGUGACCCCAUGGACCAGAGCAUGCCAGGCAUGCUUCCUUAAUCUUCUCUAAACAGGGCUGCCUUCAGAUGUCUUCUAAAAGUUUGGUACUUAUUUUUCUCUUUGACAUCUGCUGGGAGGGCGGUCCACAGGUGGAUGCCACAGUGAAGGCCCUCUGCCUGGUUCCCUGUAACUGGGCUUCUCACUAUGAGGGAACCGCCAGAAGGCCCUCGGCGCUGGACCUCAGUGUCUGGGCAGAACGAUGGGGGUGGAGAAGCUCCUUCAGGUAUACAGGACCGAGGCCGUUUAGGGCUUUAAAGGUCAGACCAACACUUUAAAUUGUGCUCGGAAACAUACUGGGAGCCAAUGUAGGUCUUUCAAGACUGGCAUCAUAUAGUCUCUGUGGCCGCUCCCAAUCACCAGUCCAGCUGCCGCAUUUUGGAUUAGUUGUAGUUUCCGGGUCACCUUCAAAGGUAGCCCCACAUAGAGCGCAUUGCAGUAGUCCAAGCGGGAGAUAACUACAGCAUGCACCACUCUGGCCAGACAGUCUGCGGGCAGGGAGGGUCUCAGCCUGUGUACCAGAUGGAGCUGGUAGGCAGCUGCCCUGGAUACAGAAUUGACCUGCGUCUCCAUGGACAGCUGAGCGACCAAAAUGACUCCCAGGCAGAGCACCUGGUCCUUCAGGGGCACAGUUGUCCCAUUCAGGACCAGGGAGUCCUCCACAACCACCCGCCUCCUGUCCCUCUAAAACAGUACUUCUGUCUUGUCAGGAUUCAACCUCAAUCUCUUAGCCGCCAUCCAUCUUCCAACUGCCUCCAGACACUCACACAGGACCUUCACCGCCUUCUGCUUGGGGCUCAGCCUUCCAUCCUUGAAUGGCACCCCAAAAUCCCCCUGCACCUUGCUUCCCAGUAAAUCUCCCUCUCUCCAGGAGACCAGCUGCAAAAGCAUACCACAGGAUCAUAGAAUCGGAAGGUACCCCCAGCGGUCAUCUAGCCCAACCCGCUCCCAUACCACUUUGGAGGAGCAUAAUAUGAGCUGGCGAUGUGCAGGGCUUCUUAAGGUUGCCUCUGACGAGGUCGCCUGGCGUUUGCUCACCCACCCAUCCCAUCUUUGCCAGGGCCCAGCUGGACGCCGACUUGGGGCUGUCGAAGGAGCAGCUGGAGCGCCUCACGGAGCGGGUCGUCUUCUACGUCACGUCGGGCACCAAGUCCCUCCAGCGCCUCUUCCUGGUGGACGACUUGGUGGAGUCCAUUAAGGUAAGGAGGAGUCGGGCUCAACUGCCCCUGGAUGUGGAGGUUCCGCUUAACUGUCACGGAGCAGGGCCCGGUUGGCCGAGAGAUACAGCCGACUAAAUCCAACUCAAGAGUAGACCCACUGACAUGAAUAGGCCCUAAGAUAGCCAUGUGUGCUGACGUCAACAGACAUGCAAUUAGCUUGGCAUGUCUCAUAUAUUUAUUUUAUAUUUCGCGCUGUUGUUCCAUCUACAUCCCAACUUUCCUCCAGAGAGCUGAAGGGGGGGUCCAUGGUUCUGCUCCUCCCUAUUUUAUCCUCACAGUAACCCUGCGGGGUAGGUCAGAAUGACAGCAAGCCAAAUUACCGGCCCCCAAGGUCACCCUUACAGUUACUUGGGACGCGGGUGGCGCUGUGGGUUAAACCACAGAGCCUAGGACUUGCCGAUCAGAAGGUCGCAGUUCGAAUCCCUGUGACAGGGUGAGCUCCCGUUACUCGGUCCCUGCUCCUGCCAACCUAGCAGUUCAAAAGCACGUCAAAGUGCAAGCACAGUGGUACCUCGGGAUGCGAACGGGAUCCGUUCCGGAGCCCCGCUCGCAUCCCAAACGGAAUGCAAGAUGCGACAGCGCAUCUGCGCGUGCAUGGGUUGCGUUUCACCGCUUCCGCGCGUGCAUGUGAUGUCAUUUUGAGCGUCUGUGCAUGCACGAACGGCGAAACCCAGACGUAACACGCUCCGUUACUUCUGGGUUGCUGCGGUGCGCAACUCGAACGUGCUCAACCCGAAGCACAUUCAACUCGAGGUAUGACUGUAGAUAAAUAGGUACCACUCCGGCGGGAAGGUAAACGGCGUUUCCGUGCGCUGCUCUGGUUUGCCAGAAGCGGCUUAGUCCUGCUGGCCACAUGACCCGGAAGCUGUACGCUGGCUCCCUCGGCCAGUAAAGCGAGAUGAGCACCACAACCCCAGAGUCGUCUGCGACUGGACCUAAUGGUCACGGGUCCCUUUACCUUACAGUUUCUAGUCUGACACUCUAAGCACUACAUCCUCUGUGGCGGAUGCUGGGUGUGUGUGUGUGUUUGGAGAGGGGAACGGGUUCCAAUCUCGCCAGGGACACAGCAGGACCGGGGGGGGGGGGCGGGCUCCCAAGAUUGCACUCCAGCCGGUCUCGGAACUUUCUCUGUGCCUAACGAAAGCCUCCUAAGCCCUUUUCUCUGUUGCUUCUUAGUUUGCUUUCCUGUUCUACAUCCUCACCUACGUGGGAGCCGUCUUCAAUGGGCUGACUUUGCUGAUACUGGGUAAGGCCCAUGGGCUGAGCAAGGAGCAACGCAUUUCAGGGCUGGGGCAGAGAUAAGAGGAGCCCACCAACUGGGGGAACAAGGAACAACAGCCUUGCAGGCGGUCUCAGUGGUUCAGUCGAGAUUCACUGCGCUGCCUUGGACUAGGCAGAAGUAGUCAGGAAGAAAAGUCUCCUGCGCCUUUAAGAGCCGCUGGUUCAGCUGGUGAAGCUUUGUCACAAGACACCACCUGUUGGAUUUAUGACACAGGUGCCCUGCCAGAUAUAUACAGUGGUACCUCUGGUUGCGAACGGGAUCCGUUCCGGAGGCCCAUUCACAACAUGGAAAGAGCACAACCUGAAGCGCCGUAUCUGCGCAGGUGCGCGGCGCGAUCUGGCACUUGUGCGCAUGCACGAAGCACAGUUUAGCGCUUCUGCGCAUGCACAAGUAGCGAACCCGAAGUAACUCUUUCUGGUACUUCCGAGUCACCACGGGACAUAACCUGAAAGAACGUAACAAUAAGAUAAGAAACUUUAUUCGCAUUAGCCGACGGCCAUAUCAACAUAAAACAUGCAAUAUACUGUAUUUUUCGCUCCAUAAGGUGCACGGACCAUAAGGCGCACCCAGUUUUUAGCGGGGGAAAUCAAGAAAGCCUGUCCACUUCUCCCAGAGCUUCUCGGGGCUGCUGGGGGAAGCCCGGUCCCCCAGCCCCAAAGAGCAAAGAAGCCAAGACAGCGAGCAGGAUCCAUCCAGCCGGGAGAGGCUGCGCGUGACUAUUGCAAUUCCCCCACCUCCCGCAAAAGCCCACAGGAGCCGCACACCCUUUAAGGAGCGCGUGGCUCCUGCGGGCUUUUCUAUGUGUCAGUCCCUUCUCCCUCCUGGGGAAAAGCCCCCAAGAGCCGCGCAGAGCUUGUGUGCGGCUCCUGGGGGCUUUUCCUGCCUGCCUCCCCCCUGCAUUCGCUCCAUAAUACGCACACACAUUUCCCCUUACUUUUUAGGAGGGAAAAAGUGUGUCUUAUGGAGUGAAAGAUACGGUAUACAAAUAAAAUAUAUACAAAUAAAAAGGACAGCAGUUGGUAAAAAGAGCAAUCAAAUGACCAAGAUUAUCGUUCAGAUAGUGGCCCUUAAUCUCAUUGCACCCUUGACGUAACAUGAAGCAAAUGUAACAUGAGGUAUGACUGUACCGUACUUUUCUGUGUAUAAGACUAGUUUUUUCCGCUUUAAAAACCAUGCCAAAAAAAUGGCAGUCGUCUUAUACAUGGGGAGUGCAUAGGGUGGAUGUUUGAUUGGUUGCUGCCGCAGCUGUUAGCGGCUGUUGUGCGUGUUAUUGGUUGCUGUGUCAACGGGUGGCGUUGAUUGGCUGACGCUGCUGCAAUAGGGUGGGCGUUUGUAAGCUUCUGCCGGCGAGGGCGCAGACAAGAGGCGAAUUUUGCGAUGCGUGAGAGGAUUUCAGCAACCACCCCUAAAAUCCUCUGCUAAAAAGUAAAUAUUUGAACUAUUUGAAGAACAGUUGUAAUAAACAGAUUACACUAGUAGGACUGCAGGAAGUUCUGUAAGGAGGACUACUUGAAAAAGACUAUGAUGAGAAUUAUUAAUUAAGGAUAAUUAAAAGUAAUAGAGAAAUUAAGAAAUGCAGAACAAGUGAUAAAGAACAGAAAAUCUUCAGAAGUUGUUGACGGAAGUCUAAAAUAUUGUAUAAGAUAAGAAGUUAGGUUAAAUGAUAUGCUUUAAAAACCAAUAAAAAUGUAUAUAUUUUUAAAAAAAUCCUCUGCAAAAAAGCUCAACUCUGUGCCAUCUCCCCCCAUUUUCUUAAAUUUGAGUCCCCCCAAAAGGGGGCGUCUUAUACAUGGGGGUGUCGUAUACAUAGAAAAGUACGGUAUAUAUAUUUUGGGGUGGGGAGUUUACACCAACGGUUCAUUAUUGCAACCGUUUCCUACUGCUGUUUAAAAAAGGGGAGGCUUUUGACUAAAGGCAGUUUUAGGUUUUUUUAAACUACCACUGGAGAAUCUGCCAUGGUUCCCUGCUAUUGCCUCUUAGAUUUGCUUGGAAGAGACAAGAUGAGCUGGGGUGGGUGGGGGCGGCAGGCCAGUUAACAGCCCAGUUGCAAGGUCUCUCUCGGUUAGGGUAUCAGGGUGGGGAGAGUCAGUGAGCAGGCAGAUUUUUCCUCUCAUUUUUCUUUAUUCUCCUUUCUGCAGGUGUGAUAAGUGCAUUUACCUUCCCUCUGCUGUACAGGCAACAUCAGGUGGGUGUGCUGGGCAAUGAAGGGGGGGGGGAGUGUAGCUGGAAUUGGGAGACUUUACCCAAGGGAAAAUUCAAUUCCUUUAAGGUGCGGGGGCCCCUUCUGCUGACCUCAAAGCCCUUGAAGUGUUGGUGCUGACCUUUAAAACCCUAAACUGCCUCAAAGGCCCAGUAUACCUGAAGGAGUGUCUCCACCUCCAUCGUUCUACCCGGACACUUGAGUUCCAGCUCCGAGGGCCUUCUGGCAGUUCCCUCGCUGCGAGAAGCAGCCAAGUUACAGGGAACCAGGCAGAGGGCCUUCUCGGUGGUGGCGCCUGCCCUGUGGAACGCCCUCCCACCAGAUGUCAAAGAGAACAACACCUACCAGACUUUUAGAAGACAUCUGAACUCCCAUAAUUACUGACCAUUGUGGAGCUGUGGCCCAACAGCAUUUGAGGGCAGGGUCAGCUGUCCCCCAUCCUUGUUAUGACCCUGAUUGACUAAGGUCUGCACGAAGAUCCACUGGGUUCUGUUGGGCAGAUUGAUUUAUUGCUCAGAUAAGCGUCCAGCACGCUUCCCAUCGCGCAGCUCUGGCCGACAUUCCAAAGUCCACAUUCCUGAGCAAAGCAGAGAUCAACAGCGGCAAGAGAAAGACUGCAAAAAACUCCAGAGCAUUCUUCAGUGUGCUUAAAUAAAGUCCACUCAGGAUCUUAGCAGCUAAAAGCAAUUUUAUUUACAGCAGACUAUCCAUUAUCUAUCACAGCGAACAGCAUCGUGAAAACACGUCCUCUCUCCUCAAAAGCGAAAGUAGAGAGAGCAAAAGCUUGAGGCUCUCGGAAAUGACGAACCUCCCCCCCUCCCUGUAGGCAGGGCGUACACUCUGAGCUGUUUAACCCUGUAAGCUCAGGUUCUCCUCACAGGUUCAGACCUGCCCAUCACUGACAUGUUCUUGCAUAUUCCUUGUUUUGCCCUCUCUCACUGGGCAAAGAACCCUGGGAGCUGUAGUUCACUUAUUAAGGUGCUCCAGAGUGUGCAAACUACAGUUCCCAGAGAACUGUUCCAAGAAAACCGUGUGCUUCCGAUGUUUGGGCAUGGAUUGCAUGCAAGUCUAGGAACCCCUUAAGCAGGCACUGAGUGCCUUUUGAUUUCUCUGGAAAGCAGCUUUUCAAACAUACCGGUGGAAGGCCAGCGUGCCUCUGAGCAUGUAUGGAGUGACACCUGAAGGAAGCAGCCUCUUUAAAGCACACACAGACAUAUCCUGGAGCCUGAACGUCUUCCUGGCAUUUCCAGCAAAUCUCCGCUCACUACAGACCCUUUUCCUUUUUCCUCUUUCCAGGCACAGAUUGACCAGUACGUGGGGCUGGUGAGGAAUCAGUUGAGUAACCUCAGAGCAAAGUAAGUUGUGGGGGGUUUUUUUGGGGGGGGGGGUAUUUUCUCUCCUUUGCCCCCUGCCUCUUUUCCUUGCUUCUUCCUCAGCUGGGGAGGGGGCCACCAAAUCUUUCCAUUGCCCACCAGGCCUGGAUCCUUGGUCAAAGGGGAUAACAGUUCGAUUCCCCCAACCCCAAGUGGGAAUUUUGAUUUCCUCUGCGGGGUUCGCCUUUUGCGUUUCAGGUCCUGCCUUUGGUCAAGCUUGCGGGCCAAGCAGCACCCCAUAACUCUGCUGUCCUAGAAUCAUAGAAUCCUAGAGUUGGAAGAGACCACAAGGGCCAUCGAGUCCAACCCCUGCCAAGCAGGAAACACCAUCAGAGCACUCCUGACAUAUGGUUGUCAAGCCUCUGCUUAAAGACCUCCAAAGAAGGAGACUCCACCACACUCCUUGGCAGCAAAUUCCACUGUCGAACAGCUCUUACUGUCAGGAAGUUCUUCCUAAUGUUUAGGUGGAAUCUUCUUUCUUGUAGUUUGGAUCCAUUGCUCCGUGUCCGCUUCUCUGGAGCAGCAGAAAACAACCUUUCUCCCUCCUCUAUGUGACAUCCUUUUCUAUAUUUGAACAUGGCUAUCAUAUCACCCCUUAACCUCCUCUUCUCCAGGCUAAACAUGCCCAGCUCCCUUAGCCGUUCCUCAUAAGGCAUCGUUUCCAGGCCUUUGACCAUUUUGGUUGCCCUCCUCUGGACACGUUCCAGUUUGACAGUGUCCUUCUUGAACUGUGGUGCCCAGAACUGGACACAGUACUCCAGUACAUUAUUACUUCCCUUGAUCUAGAUGCUAGACUCCUAUUGAUGCAGCCCAGAAUUGCAUUGGCUUUUUUAGCUGCCGCUUCACACUGUUGGCUCAUGUCAAGUUUGUGGUCAACCAAGACUCCUAGAUCCUUUUCACAUGUACUGCUCUCAAGCCAGGUCCUCUUCAUUACCUUUGCCAUUGAAUUGCAUUUAUAUCUCACCUUUAUAUUUAUAUUUAUUUAUAUUUCACUUUCUGGUGAAGUGUGCAUACACACAAAAGCUUACACCCAGAACAAACUUAGUUGGUCUCUAAGGUGCUCAGCGCGCCACAGGCUUCAGGAUGCAGGCUGCUAUCCGCAAGCCUAGGGAGCCCGGCGGGAACUCCCGCCGGGCUCCCAAGGCUUGCGGAUAGCUCCUGAAGCCUGGAGAGGAGAGGGAUCGGUGCUCACCAGCCCUCUCGCUCUCCAGGCUUCAGUGAAGCCUGCAUUCGCCCCAUAGGACGCACACACAUUUCCCCUUUAUUUUUGGAGGGGAAAAAGUGCGUCCUAUGGAGCGAAAAAUACGGUAAAUAGGUACCACUCUGGCGAGAAGGUAAAUGGCAUUUCCAUGCGCUGCUCUGGUUCGCCAGAAGCGGCUUAGUCAUGCUGGCCACAUGACCCGGAAGCUGUACGCCGGCUCCCUUGGAAAUAAAUUGAGAUGAGCGCCGCAACCCCAGAGUCGGUCACGACUGGACCUAAUGGUCAGGGGUCCCUUUAUCUUUACCUCUACCUCUACCUGGCCCAACACUCCAAGCACUGCACAACGUUGGCUGCUAUUUCACUGCUGUUUGGAAGAGAGAGCGUCACCCGUGGGUGCUAUGAAUUUUCAGAAACUGAAUAGUGUAUGGGGUUUCUGUGUAUAUACCCUAGCCCCACAGCACCCCCUGGUGGCACACUGAGCCACUACUACCAGUGCUUGUUCGGGACCUAUAGAAAUUAUGGAGGCAGGCCCUUCCGAUAAGCAUUGGCAAGGGAAGCAGCUCUCUUAGCCCUCCUGCAACCUCCAGAGCAGACUCUGCCAACCCAGUGCCCUCUCCAGAUGUUUUGGAUGACAACACCCCCCAGCCCCCAAUCAGCACACCUGGAGGGGGCACCAGGUUGCAGAAGACCAUAGUUAGAUGUUUCUAUGUUAAUUGAUCACCCUGCUGGUCGCAGGCAAAGUUGGGACUGGUGGAAGUUGCACCAGUGUGCUCUCAAAUUUGAGGGUGGAGGGACCACCCGUCGCCUUUAGCGCCCACCUGCCGUGAGGAAGUUCAGAAGAAUUUAAGAAGAACUGGCCUCGCUCCCCCCAAAGCACAAGUUCGUCUGGCCUCACAUCCUGUUUUCAACCACAAGCCUCCAAGAAACUUGCACACACAAAAAGGAGAUGCGAAAGUGUUUGAGUUUCCCCUCUCGUACGUCCCCAGAAUUUCACAUCUGGAUUAAGUCCUUAAUGUGCAUUUCGCUUUAGGUGUGGGGACUGGGCUGCUGCAAAGGGAAUGUACUCACCGGCUUAAACUCAGGGCUGUCACCUUUUUGCAGAGCUCUUGGAAUGUGCAUCGACUUGAUUCAUUCGUGGAUUAAACCUGCAUAAAUGUGUACGCUGUGUUGUUGGGUGGGCCAAUAGGUCCAAAGGGGGAAAUAGACUGCAGAACUCCCUGCCACAGGAAGCAGUGACAGCUACCAACUCUGAUUGGCUUGAAAGAGGAUUGAACAAUUUCAUGGAGGAAGAAGAGAGGGCUUCUCAUGGCUACUAGCUGUGAUGGCUCUGUGCUGCCCUCCACAGUUGGAGGCAGCGAUGCUUCUGAACAUCAGUUGCUGGAAACGGCAGGAACGGAGAGUGUUGUGCGCGGAUCCUGUUUGUGGGUUUUCCCUGCAGAAGCGGGUUGCCUUCGCUUCUGGAUGCGAACGGGGCUCCGGAACAGAUCCCGUUCGCAUCCAGAGCUACCACUGUACAUACUCCCGUACAACUGAGAUUUGGGCUACCAUAAAAAUUGACCCUGAGGCGCCCCAAAGGGCAACUUCAGCAUUUCCCUAGUAAGCUACCGUAUUUUUUCUCUAUAAGACUCACUUUUUCCCUCCUAAAAGUAAGGGAAAUGUGUGUGUAUCUUAUGGAGCGAAUGCAGGCUGUGUAGCUAUCCCAGAAGCCAGAACAGCAAGAGGAAAUUCUGCUUUCACAGCGUAGCGAUUCCGCUUGCUGUUAUGGCUUCUGAGAUUCAGAAUAUUUUUUUUUCUUGUUUUCCUCCUCGAAAAACUAGGUGCGUCUUGUGGUCUGGUGCAUCUUAUAGAGCGAAAAUACGGUAUUUUAUUCUAGACGAUGUCCUGCAGAUAAUUUUUUUAAAAGCAAGAAACUCUUUCCACUCGCUACUGGCUCAAUUUCUUCUCUUUCUCCCCCUUUCCUCCUAGGAUGCUGUCCAAGCUGCCGACAGCCAAAGCGAAAGCCGAAUGA